UGACCUUUCUCCGUGUCCGCGCCUCGUCCUCUCCGUCCCACCACCAGCGAGGAGGAAGCGGCGGCCGCCUGUUCGACAGAAUGGCGCAAUGGGACGCGCUCGUGGACGCUGCGCUCGGCGAGCUGGCGUCCAGGAGCCUCCUGCGUGCUACGCGGCCCAUCUCCCUGGCGCUGCCGCCCGCGCCGCCGGAGACCUUCCCAGGCCCCGGGCCGUGGGACCGCGCCGCCGUCGAGAUCCGCCUCGACCGCGCCACCCUCCACCAGUGGCUCGCCGAAGGUGGCGAGGCCAGUGGCCAGGAAGAGGAGCUGGGUGAGAAGCUCAUUCUUUUCUCCGGGAAUGACUACAUGGGACUCAGCUCACAUCCGGCAGUCCGUGAGGCCGCAGCAAAGGCAGCUCAAGAGUACGGCAUGGGCCCUAGAGGCUCCGCAUUGAUAUGUGGGUAUACUACUUAUCACAAAUCGGUGGAGGAAUCAUUGGCAGAGUUGAAGAAAAAAGAGGAUUGCCUUCUCUGCCCCACCGGAUUUUCUGCCAAUAUGGCUGUGAUGACUGCUCUGGGAAGUAUCAGCUCUCUUUUGGCAGUUGGCAGGAAACCCGCAAAGGAUGAGAGAAUUGCUAUUUUUUCAGAUGCUCUGAAUCAUGCUUCGAUCAUUGAUGGGAUUCGCCUUAUUGAGCGACAGCAAGAAGCUGUAGUAUUUGUCUACAAGCACUGUGACAUGUCCCAUCUUGAUUUCCUCCUGUCCAGUUGCUCAAUAGAAAAGAAAGUUGUUGUCACAGAUAGCUUGUUUAGCAUGGAUGGUGAUUUUGCUCCAUUACCUGAACUUGUGGAACUACGCAGGAAGUAUGGAUUUUUAUUGGUCAUCGAUGAUGCCCAUGGAACACUUGUUUGUGGUGAUAAUGGUGGUGGUGUACCCGAGCUGCUGGAAUGUGAGAGUGGAAUUGACAUAAGUGUUGGGACCUUAAGCAAGGCUGCUGGCUGCCAGGGUGGGUUUGUAGCAUGCAGCACCCGGUGGAAGAGUUUAAUUCAGUCGCGAGGUCGUUCGUUCAUUUUUUCAACUGCUUUGCCAGUGCCAGUAGUUGCUUCUGUUCAAGCGGCGCUCCAUGUCUCAAGGAAGGAACGAUGGCGGAGAUCAUUGGUCUGGAGGCAUGUGCAGUAUUUUGCAUCCUUGACUAAACUCAAUAUAACCAGUCCCAUAAUUUCCAUAGUAGUAGGAAGUGAAGAAGCAGCACUUAGGGCUGGCAGGCAUAUGCUAAGAUCUGGAUUUCAUGUUACACCAAUUCGACCACCCACCGUCCCGCCCAACUCAUGCAGGCUGCGAAUAACUCUGAGUGCUUCUCAUUCGCCUGAUGACAUCAAAAGGCUGGUCGAUGCGCUCAAUCCCUGGCUAUCUGACAAACAUGCCAAGCAGAGUUUUGUCGAAGGGCAUGCUGAGCAGAGCUAUGUCGUGGCAUCAAAACUUUAAGCAGCGUGAAUUGAAGCUUGUAGGCGGUGACACUAGAUGUGCUGGAUUACAUUGGAGAAAAUGCCCAUGGGGAAUAGCUCGGUAGAUGUUGACAUGAUCAUUCAUAUCACACACGACAAAAAUGUUUCCACAAUUGUAUGUAUGAUCUUCUAAGGCAUACUACCCUGAAAGAUACUAUUGAUGUAGACAUGGAUUUGGGUAGUUUCCAUAUUGGGAGCUUGAGACUGUUCUGUAACUGGAAACAUCCUUGGUGCCGCCAUGUAAGUAGAGGCUACCGAACUGUCUGGUAAACAACAGCCUGUUUGGAAUGCAGGAAUUUUGAGGGGAUUUCACA